AUGAAACCAAUCCCCCUUGAUAUCGCGUGGCAUGUCUUCAACCAUAGCGACACCCAUGUUCAAUCCCAGUUUGCACGAUGCUCGCGCGACUGGCAUUCGUUCUUCAAUCCCCAACUUUACCAGCACGACGUCAAGAAGGGUCGUCACUCCGCCAUCUUUAACACCAUUGCCUAUUGCACGGACACGCAGGUAGCCCUCGCCACGCUUGAGCAUAGCUACCGAGCCGGCGCUGACUACAACAAACCGGCCGUGAUGUACUUGACCGAAGCCCAACAGCCCAGUCCUUAUCUUAUCACGGCUCUAUAUCUGGCCGCUUCGAAAGGCUAUUCUGAUAUCGUGUCGUUUCUCCUCGACCGCGGUGCAGAUAUCGACGGGGUCCCGGACUGCCGGUUGCGCACUCCCGUUUUCAUAUCCCUACUUAGCCGUGAUGCAGAAACGUCCAUGGUCCUCCUCCGGCGUGGGGCGCGCCUUGAGUCUCCCGAGUUCGGGAUCAACGCACUCCACCAAGCAGCUGCUGCGGGACUAACCGAAGUCAUCACCUAUCUGAUCGAGGAGAAAGGACUGGGAGUGGACACGGUCGACAGCAACGGGGACACACCGCUGAUCCACUCGCUAUUGUCACCGUCUCCGGAGACGGUCAUAGCUCACCUGGCACGGUUCGAGGUGGACGUGAACCAGCCGACGACGAUCGACACCUGGCGCAUGACGGCGCUGAGUAUGUCGUGCGAAGACGGUAUGUUCUCUGCCGCCCUGUCUCUUUUGGAAGCCGGAGCGGACGCCACGGGCGAGUCGGACGGCCUGGUGGAAGGGGCCGACCCGGCGCUGCGCAUCUACGAGCAGAAGCCGCUCGAGCUAGCUCUGCUGGCUCGUUCUGAGAAAACACACGGGAGAACGGCGGCGGCGAAGCAAAAGCUCGUCGACCGUCUCAUAGAGUCUGGCGCCGACCCGGAUGCGACGGUCUGUAUUUCUGCGCGCUGCAACUGGACAGGGCCGCUCUUGCUGAAGCUCGUUCGCUUGAGGCGUCGUUGGGAGGCCGAAUUGUUGCUCUCUUCAGGCCUCUUGAACAUUGACCAAUGUGACUCUCAUGGUGCGACGACUCUUACUUGGACGCUUUCGACGUGCCAUGGAGACCCCGUUAUGGCGUCGAUCCUGUUGCGGCGUGGUGCCAAGAUGGACGAAGGAGUGUUACGCACCGUUGUCGAUAAGCUGGUGCGGCUAGCAUGUGUGAGAGAUCAUUGGGGUGUGAUCAGCCUCCUGACACGAGAACCCAAGUUGUUGAAAGUAUUCCACGUGUUAUACUCGCACUGUUUCUGGGUAGCUUCGAAGGAGGGCGAUGCGGUAGCAACGCGAUUUGUGCAGGAUUCGCCGAGGUCAAUCGUGCGCAUGGUGACGGAGAUGCUGAAGAAGGGGAUCAGUCUAACCAAAACUGGGGUCCUCCACGUGAUGCGUUCCAACAAGUGUAGGAAGGCAAAGCCAGGGCCGGUCAUCGCAAUGAUGUUUUCUUGA